AUGGAGGGCAUUUCACUUGCCGCUCCUACGGGCUCAUUGAGGGGUCCGAAUAGUGCCUCGAUGUCCGGCUUCCAGAGCGAGAGCAUCGGCACAAACGACAUGUCAACCUCACCAGACGGCGGCCAGUCCGACCGACCAACGCCGAACUCGUCGUCGGCGUCUGAUCGACAGAACUUGAACACGGGCCGAAUGAGCUCCGGCGGCAACUCAUUCGAGACCAGCCCCGUUACGCAAACCCAGAACGUGAGCCAGAGCGACGUCGACCGCAAUGUUGCCGCAUUCUUCAACGACCCUACGAACGGCUUCAGCAUGGGCACCGGCAUGACACCCGAUCAGCGGUUCACCAUGCCAGACACGCCUGGCGGUGAGUUCACCGUGCCGCCGGGCUGGGAACUGCCCGGGCAGACUGGCAUGACGCCGGUUGCCGAGGGCGUGCUGCGAACGAUCAUGCAAAUGGGGCCGAUGGAAACGAUGGAUCUCGGAUGGGAUCAUAACCCCUGA